ACCAUGCACUCCCUUUCUCGUGCAGCCUCACAAUGGACGCGGGGAACUUUUAAAGCGCAGGCUGCCACUGCCCUUUGAUCGCGCGCCCUCUUCCUUCCGCCCCCUGCGCCAGGCGCUUACCGCACUCUCUAGUUAUUCUUAGUGUUCAUUACCAUUAAUAAUAAUCACCACCGGGCAUGUGAAGCCCCGAGCAUCAUGCCAGCAACGUGCACUUUUCUGCUCCAUCAACCCAGCCUCCUCCUGCUCUUGGGGCUGCAUCUCUUCGUGGGAUCUUCUCCUCUGGAUUCCCCUUCCUCCUCGUCUCCCUCCUCCGCCUCCUCAUCGUCCUCCACCUACAGUCCUCAGUUCACAACGGGGCUGCAAGGGUCAGCUGCACCCACGCCGGAGGCAUCUUCUUUCGCGGCACCCUCUUUGGAGAGAAAGAGCCCGGAGCCUUCCACUGCAUCUAGCGGGGCUUGGGAUCCGGCAACAGAAGGACGCAGCAGCAACCCGGCUAUUAUGAGCAGCCAAAAGGCAAUAGAGAGUUCACACACUGAAUCAAGGACUUCCAGCUCUACUACAGACAACGGAGAUGCUUUCAGUACAUUUGACAAUGACAAAGGAAGGACGUUGCGACUGAUUACUGACAGUGGGUCUGUGUCUACAGCUGCCAUAGGCAAGACAACAUCUUACCCUGAAACAGGACAAUUUGGUGAUUUAACCCAGGACUCCUCUUUAGUGCUGCAGACCAGAAGAGCCGAUGCUCUGUCAAGUACUCUGGAUAUUUCAGAAGUUGAAACAGUGCCUUUGAUGACACAUUCACCCCAUACAGCAGUUUCUUCACUGUCAGAGCAUAAUUUUCCAGCCACUGGAAGCAGCCACCACAGAGACACCAGCUGGGAUGUGGAAAACAUAACAUCCAGGUUGCAUACUGAAAGCAUGAACGGUUCAGCAUCAACAGUCAACAAAGAAAGGACUUCACAGUUUCUGACAGAUAGCGUCACACUGACUAACUCAGCAACAAAAGGCCCAGUUUCUCAGACGGAAUUCACUGUAUCUUCUGAUCAAACCCAGUUUCCCUCUCAGGCAACACAGACUAGAAGUAGUAGUACCACAUCAAAUACAGUGCAAUUUCCUGUCUCUGUAGCAAGAACUGUGCUUACCCAUUCUCUCCUCUCUUCCAAUACUGCUGCUGAAGGUGAUGAUCACCUAAGGAGUAACUCAAGCACAGAGCAAAGUAUUUUCACUUCUCAGAUGGAGAGCUUGUCUGUUUUAGGUGUAUCAGACAGAAGUGGAGGGAGAACAGUACCACCUUUAAUAGACACCAGCCAUUCUCAUAAUGCCACACAAACAUCCGUCUCUUCUGGCAAUGAAAUUUCUAGCUCUUUAAGCCACACUCAUUCUUCUUAUGUAUUGACUCCAGAGCAGACCAGUGGAAUGAAUUUGUCACUAGGAGAUACUGAUUUCACCGAAAUAGCCCAUGUACAUUCCCAGGCCUAUUCAGAGACAACAGAUGACAGGAAUAACCAGCAUACCUCCAACAUAGAAAAAAGAGCCACUCAGAGUCAGACUGACAGUAUAUUCUCUUCUGCCACACUCUUCAGUGACGGAGCUGGGACACUGGAAGCUCAAACUAACAAGAGCAAAUCCAUAGAAACAACUGAAAUCUCAUCUUUUGGUUCGAACGAUUUUAGUUCUUCUGAUUUAACUCAGACCUCAUCUCCUGCGUUGGAAAAUAGGAGAAACCAUCUCUUAUCAACAUACAAGGAUUUCACUGAAACCUCAGAAGAGCCUUUGCUUACAUAUUCCUCCAAAGCCUCCUUUUAUUUACCUUCUACAAUAGAUCUUUCAAACGUCAGGACUAAGCAGCAUACCUUCAGCACUUCAAAUACUGGAAAAGGGUACACUCAGACUAAGAGCACAUUCUCUUCUGUUGCUUCCAUCAGAGAUGGAAAUGGGACGUUGGAAUCUCUGACUAAUUCAAGCAAAUUCACAGAAGCAACACCGCUCUCCACUUUUGAUUUGGAAGAUAUUCAUUCUUCAGAUUUAACUCAGUCCUCAUCUGUUACAAUGGAAAGCAGAAAAAAUCCUAUUUCAUCAAAAGAGAUGCAUUUUACCAGGACCUCAGAAGAGCCUUUCCUUACAUAUUCCUCUAACAACUCCAUUUAUUCACCUUCCACAAUAGAUCUUUCAAGCCCUGGAAAGAGUCAUCAGCCAGUUAACAUUUCAGAUCCACAAGGAAGAAUUUCCAGUGCUUCUACAGAUAGUGUGUACCUCUCAACUACAUUCAUUCAUGGGGCAGAAAGGACGUUAAGGUCUCUACCAGAUAACAACACAUCUGAUGCAGCAGAAAGUAGUAUUUCUCAUACUGAAGCCUCCAGUUCUUCAAAUCCAGCUCUGAUUUUGACUUCUGUGGCAGAAGCCAAAGAACAUAAUGUCUCAUUGAGUGAAGGACAAUUCACUGAGCAUUUCACUGAGCACUUGCUUGAACAUUCCUCUCUAGUUCCCAUCUCCUCAUCUUCACCAGAAGAUCCAUCAACUAUCGGAAGUGGUCACCACAGAGCAAGCAGCUCUGGUACUGAAGCAAGGGCUUCAUAUUCUUAUACUGACACCAUGCACAGCUCAGCAUCUUUCAGCAAUGGAGAAGAACAAACUUCACAAUCUGUAAUGAACACCACAUUUACAGAUGUGACUGAAAGCUCCUCAUCAUAUGUGGAAAGGUCCAGUGCCUCAGAACUAAAUCACUCCUUAUCAGGGAUAUAUUCUGAAAUGACUGACUUCUCAGGAAAAGACUUAGAUAUCUCUGGACCUUCAACUGAGACUGUUCAAAGUUUCACUUCAUCAAGGAUACCAACUUACUCUUCUUUCCAAAGUGAACCUUCAGACACUGGAAGUGACUUCGGCAGAACCAACACAGAAAAAACAAGCUCUUCUUCUCAUACCGACAGCACAUACAUCUCAGGAGGAGAAAGGACGUUGCUGUCUAUUUCAAAUAAUAGCACAUCUUUUUAUGCAGAAAUGUCCACCCCAGAUUCAGCUCAGUCUUCAUUUUCUAUGACCCAGAAUAUAGGAAGCAACUUGUCUUCAAGUGACAGGGAUUUCUCUGCACCAUCAACAGAACCUUUGGCUCUACAGUCUCUGCACACACCAGGGUACUCCUCUACAGUGAGUUAUUCGAUCUCUGAAUCGACAUCUGCCAUCAACUUGUCAUUUCUGUCGUCUUCUCCAGCAUCAUCACUGCAGAGUUCACUUCCACCAACACAGCCGCCUACUUUGUUUUCAUCAUCAGAAUCCUCUCAGCCAGCAUUGUCUUCUGCUUUCCCAACACAGUUAUCUUCUCAAAUGCCUUCAUUGACACCUUCACCCAGACUGUCAUCUACAGCACUGCCCACAUUUCCCCCAUUCUCAUAUACAUCACCUGCACCUUCUUCAAAAACCUCAUUACAGCCAAGUAUAAAUUUGGCAACCAGUGUUUCCAUAACUGAACGUGGAAGUACAACAGGAAUAGAUUCAUCCACAGCUAGGAGUUUCACUAGUAAAUACACCAACCAGACGAGGACAUAUUUGUUGAAAGAUAGCACUGAUCCCAGUUCAACAAGAUCUUCCCCUUUUCUGACUGAAGCUACUGAGCAGGUUACAAACUAUUCUACACCUGUAACAAUCUCACUGGGAAAAACCAAGAGUUCAAGAGAGCUAAAUGUUUCACUCCCAGGGACCAGUGUUGAAAAAUCUCUUCCUGUUUUAACUACAUCUCCUACUUAUUUGUCUGAAAGUAGCACUGUUUCUGGGACAGCAAAAUCAUCAUCUGAUGUGUUGCCAAGAACAACUCAAAAAGAUGUCUUCAGUUCGGUGGAAGUAACAACAGGAAAAAAACUUACAAACAUGACACGUGCAACAGUAGGAUUACCUACUAUGGCAACACCUACAAACUAUGCAGUAACUGCAAAAUCUCCCAAGGUUCAGUCUCCCUCUUCUACUAAGAUGCCUCAUACCUCUGAAACAACGACAAAGGGGAUGGAAAUGAGCAGUGCGCCCACUGUUAAAGUCCUAGCACCUCAUGCCUCUACUACUCAACCUCCCACAUUUUCUUCUAGAAAACCCACCACAAGGUCUUUUUCUACUUUGCCAAUUCCUAUCAAGCCAACUACAGUUGCAUGGUUAGGAAGCCAAAAUACCUUUACAACUUUCCAUGGCAAAGAUAUAGAUGAAUGUCUGUCUAAUCCAUGCCCUGCCUUGGCCACAUGUACUAACACACAAGGUUCAUUCCAAUGUACAUGUUCACUUGGCUACCAGAUGGAAAAAGGAAAAUGCAAUUUAGUAAGAACCUUUGUUGGCCAGUUUCCCCUAACGUUUAACACAACUGGAGGAAAGUAUUCAGAGCUUCGUCAAAUUGAAGGAGAUCUAAUCAAUGCAUUGAACACAUCUCUCUCAGCAUUGCCUGGCUAUUACACUUCAACAGUUAAAGCAUCAAGGCAAUCGGCUUCCAUUCAAGUUUCCAUCACAAGCACCUUUUCUGUAGUCUCCAAUGUCACCCUUUAUGACAUUGUUAGUGCUGUGCGAAGCCACAUUCGAGCUUGCAAAGCGUCCUCCGAGACCUGCCGGUUCAUGUCUAGCCUUACCCAGCUUCACAGAGCUGGAGGUCUGUGUAAAUACAAGGAUCCAGAGUGCGACAAAGAAACUUCUGCAUGCGUGGACUUCAGUGGCAUUGCAGAUUGCCAGUGCAAGCCUGGAUACUUCAGAUAUAAUAAGCUGGAUCAUUCCUGCAGAGCAUGUGAAGAUGGGUAUAAACUUGAGAAUGACACUUGUGUGAGUUGCCCAUUUGGACUGGGAGGAUUCAACUGUGGAAACCCUUAUCAGCUAAUCACCAUCGUAAUUGCAGCUGCAGGAGGAGUACUUCUGCUCAUCUUGGGGAUAGCUCUCAUAGUUACAUGCUGCCAGAAAAAUAAAAAUGACAUAAGCAAGCUCAUCUUCAAAAGUGGAGACUUCCAGAUGUCACCAUAUGCUGAAUACCCAAAAAACCCUCGAGUUCAGGACUGGGGGAGAGAAACCAUAGAAAUGCAAGAGAACGGAAGCACUAAAAACCUGUUACAGAUGACAGAUGUUUACUAUAUGCCAACAAACCUAAGGAAUCCUGAACUAGAAAGAAAUGGACUGUAUCCUCCCUACACUGGUUUACCGGGUUCCCGACAUUCCUGCAUCUACCCUGGGCAAUACAACCCUUCUUUCAUUAGUGAUGACAGCAGAAGACGAGAUUACUUUUAACAGAAUUGCAGGAAGAGAAAUGGCAGAUGGACAAGUUGUUACAGGCUAUGUCUGCAGGCUACACUCUGCUAUUAUACAAUUCAAAUAUUACCACAAUUGCAUACAGAAGAGGGACUUUGAACCCUUGAAGCACAUGGAACAGAGUUGCCUGAAAGGAGACAUUUCUAGUUGCUGUUGAAAGCAAGUAGAUAAAGCGUGCUGACUUGCAGUUCUGUGGGGAGCAAACUGUUCAAUAGAGUGUCCGCAGGAGUUCUACUUUUUCUGUCACCACUAAUUACCACACGUAACAAGAAUUUGAUAAUAGAUCACUAAAGCAAAACUAACAAGCAAACGCUAUGGAUGAUACUCUAAAUUGAAUGCCACUAGGGUGUGUUGUGUUUACAGGUAAUAAUCUCUAGUUCUGUGUUUGUGCCCAACCUUUUAUGCAAAGCUGAGUGAAUUUUAUGGAUGAGGCAGUUCUCAACUACUAAGUAUCUGUUACUAGGUACUAGUAAUAUGCUUACCAAAUGCUGAGGGCUUGUACAUGAAUGUGGCCUAGGGGAGUUCUUGCAUUAUUUGUAGUGUCCCAGUUCUGUUUUUGUUUUUGUUUUGCAGCAAAAGAUGUCUUUUGUUUCCUCAUGGACUGUGACUUGUCACCCCUUUUGUGUGUCAAGGCAGUGCUACUUCUUGCUGGGUUUGAAGGGCUAGUUUCAUUUCCCUGUUUGUAACAAAAUGGCAGUUGUUGUCCUUCCCAUAUCUUUCUUGCCUCUAAUUGGUUUCAGAAUCCUUAGGGAAGUAAGGGGAGUGCAUUUGCCCUCAUCUAUCAUUGUACGAUUGCACAAGGGCAUAGACAUAGCAAUUAGAAACAAAUAUUUCCGCCAAAGUUGUGGUCCCUGCAGAAUGUUAUGAGACUGCUCAUCAGAAAUCCUGUAGAAAAGAAUUUGAACUCAUCAACAGGGAUUGAGGGGGAUGCUGACUCAAAUGCAAAGUUUGAUCUAAUUGCAUUUUAGUAUAAUUCCUACGAAUGAGAUAAUGAAUCUUAGCAGCUUAUUUGAGAUAGCUGUUUCCUGCAUGUAAACAAAAGGCACCUACUCCUUGCAAAAUAAAAUGUGAAGGGCUCCCAGAGUAGCUUGGAAUUCAGGGUUCCUUCAGACCAGAGUUCCCCAAUGUGAUGUCCUUGGUUGCCAUGGUUUUCCUUCUUCCUGCAGCAACUAUUUUGGUUUGGCACCUGCGGCAGCCAUUUUGCGGUGGUACUCACCACUCUCCCUUAAAAUUCUGAAGGUGCUCUCAGGCUCAGAAAGGUUGAUGACCCCUGAUUCAGAUAUUACAAUUGAAGGUCAUGGCUGAACUAGCUAAAUGAUGUAGCCCCUGGAAGGGUUCUACUUUAACUCUUUUUGAUUUCCCCAUCCCCCGUCUUGAAGGCCAUAUGCUCAACACACAAGAACAUACUUCUUGUGGGGUUUCUUUUACCUAUCCUGGCAGAGAUAUACCCCAGCUGCAGGAGAAGCUUGAAGCUCUUUAAUAAUUAAGAGAUGAUGAUAAUGCUGAAGAAGACAAACCAUUCUACAACAUAUCACCAUUGGAGAAUGGUGAUUUGUUUUAUAUGGUUAAACCUAAGAUUUUUAUACAAUCCUUUUUUUCUCCAAGUUUUAUCCCUGACAGACAUUGAUAUCAUAACAUUCUAAAGAGGGUGUAAAAUUCUGAGACUUGUGCCUCAUGCAGGAAGCUGGUAGCAUUUUCUGAGCAAUGCUUGGAAGUUACUCAUCAGUGAUGCACAAACAGGGGUGAAAUGGUGAGAGAUCAAGAUUGUAAAUUAUGCCAUGUUGUUCAAAAGAGUAAAAGUCCAAAACAUAUUGUGACGAGCUCCACGCAAUUGUUUCAGAUUAGGUAAUUGGUCAAGUGAGAGUCAAAAUAGAUGAGAUGCUGGGAAAUCGGUGAUCAGAUCUGUGAUCAGAUCAGCUGUGUGGGAAUUGGAUUCCAAUUGAAGUCACAUAUGGAGGAGAGGGGGAAUUUAAGCCUCUUACCUCCACACGGCUUUGCAAAUCAGUUGCCCCCCCCCCCCGCCCAUUGGUAUAGACCUUUAAAGUAAAAAGACAGAUAAAAACAGGUACCUUCUUUUCCCCUUUAAAUAGCUAAUAAAAUAUUUUAUUUUACUUACUUAAUUUAUACUCCCUAAUGGAGUAUAUUCUCCCUAAUGGAGACUGAAAGCUUACAUCAUUCUCUCUUUUAUUCUCACAAUAGCCCUGUGAAGUAGGUUAGGUUGAGAGAAAGUGACUGACCCAAGGUAACUCAGAAAUCUUCCAUACUUGAGUGGGAAUUUAAGGCAAGGGGGAACGGGGUGGAGGCUGUUUCCUGCACAGGUAAGAAACAGACUGCAGAUUGCUGUUGUUCAGCUGUCUGUGACCAGCAGUAGCUACUAUGAAAUGAAAAAUAAGAGAGCCACACCCCACAAACUGCAAAAAGAAGGAAAGAGUCUAAAACAGCAGUUUAAAAGGAAGGCAUGGUGAAGACAGCUGUAUCUUGUUUGUCUCCAAUAUCUGGCAUUUAGAAGUUCCUUUACUCUGAGUACAGAGGCUAAUUGGGCUUAAAAAAUACAGAUUCUUCACAAACUAGUCUAGUUCUCGUUUUAGAAAAUUAGACAACUUUAAUUUUGAUUGAAUUUAGAAGAACUAUAGCCUGUGACAUUUGUGGGGGGCUGAAUUCAAGCUCAAAUUUAUGAUGAAGAAUAUGGCAGCCACGUUUGUUGGUGUAUUUUGCAAUGUCAGCUACCUAAAUUGAAAAGAAGAGAGCAAAUGGUUCCAUCUUGUUUGGACUUAGUUAUUAAGUGGGAGCAAUAUAACAAAAAGUACGCCAGUUAUUUUGGUUUGGAUCCAACAGGAUUUCCAGUGAUGGAAGGGGUGGGCUGUUUUUGCCAAUUCCUCCUUCCCACUGCAGUUUCCUAGCUCCCCCCCUCAUUGUUCCUGGUGGGUUCCCCUGUCCCACAAGAGCAGCAUUUCAGGGGGAAUUUGGGGCUGCAGCAACAGGGGGGGAGGUGAAGUCAUGCUCGAUAAAUGGAAAUCCCACCUGUCUGCCAUUAUUAUUGAUGAUUGAAGCUUGUGAUUUGCUUUAGGCUAUACUUAAAAAUGCAAAAAGUCCUGCCUUGAGUACAUUCUUUGUAAGUUGUUGCUCAAGUCUAACUGUACAUUCUUAUACAAGAAUGAUCAAUGUGAAUAAUAAACAUUUACCUGAGUCAAACAGGGUAAAUAUAUACAUUCAUGCAGUAAGAGUUAUUUGUACAUGCAAAAGGACUCUUUGUAGGAUGUGCGAGUGAUGGCAGUUUCACAGUGUGGUCCACUCAUGCACCUGGGCCUAACAGAUGGUCAGUGCAGCCGUCUCUAACUGAGCUAAUCCAUCUGUUGGGUGUGUGCAUGUGCAGAAACACAGAUGCAGGAGGGACAAUGGCUGAAGCACUUUGUUUUAUGUGGGGAAAGAAACCCAACUGUAAGACCCCCACCUUUAAAAGAAAAGAUGCCGUUUUCUUAGUACGCCUGGAAAAAAGUUACCAAACAAGACUAGUUUGCUAGAGCCUUUCACAGUGCAGUCCUAAGCAGAAUUAUGCCAUAUAAGUCCAUUGAGGUCAAUGGGUUUAGAAGGGAUUAACUCUGCUCAGGAGGGCACUGUUAGUCAUAUCUACAUCACAGUUUUAACCUACCUUAACACACAUUUCCUUUGCUGGGGCUGCUGGGGAACUGUAAUUCUGUGAAGAGAGCUAUGGUUUUCUAACAGCAAAUUCUCAGCACUUUGAUUAAACAAGUCCAGAACUCUUUGAGGAAAACCAUGUUUAUAUUGUAGCUAUGCCAUUCAAAACAUGUACAAUGUGCCUCUAAGUGGAAGUUUCCAUAGUGAUGCAAAACACAGCAAUAACAACUUUUAUUAAGCAGGAAUGAAUGGCACUCUCAGAUGUACAUGGAACUACAAAUUUGUAAUACUUUGAUAUGUGGCAUUGGGCUUUUUUCAUAUGUUGAGAAUAACCUUAUAGGAUAUCCUUUAUAAUGUGGAAAGCUUGAAAUAUUUUGACUCUAUAGUACAAACCCAGUACGUAUAGUUCUUAACAACUGGUUCAUUUUUAAAUGAAAUUGUUCAAGUUCUUUUGCUUUCUACAUACCAAAUUAAAUUUGUUUAGACUUCUUAUCUACAAAAAUAAAGCCACUCUCAAAACAGCCUUCAGCAUUGCAUUCAACGUCUGUCAUCUCUUUCAAAUGAGAAGGGCAUGGCCUUGGUGCGUGUCUUCCUGAUGACUCUGAAUGUACAUGAGUUAACCUGCGGUUGUGUAUUGUACAUUGUUCUGGAUUUCAGCUUCGCAUAUCUGUGAAUAUAACUUUCGAGUUGUUUUGUUUAAAUUUUAUUUUCCAACACAGUGUUAUUUAAAGUUGUACCUUAUUUGAACCCUCCACUAAUUAUAUAGUAUUAUAGUUGAAAAGUAUAAUUUUUAAGGAUUGGAUUAUUUUUAUACCAACAUCCAACAUGUUUUAAAUCUGACGUUCUAGUCAGUAUAAUAAAA